AUGCAAGCAGCCUACAUCGACAACCCGCCUCCGCGUUACAUUGACCAGGCGAGAGCUUUUGGCCAACACUUUGGUGGUCAUGUUCGAUCUUACUUUGGAGGAAUGCUGCCAAUCAUGACAUGGCUGCCCCAUUACAACGUCAAUUGGCUUAUCAGCGAUCUCAUUUGUGCUAUCACGGUGGGAACGGUUGUGGUGCCUCAGUCUAUGGCUUAUGCCAAAAUUGCAGAACUACCACCACAAUAUGGCCUAUAUUCUAGCUUUGUGGGAGUCGUUAUCUACCCAUUUCUUGGCACAUCAAAAGACGUUAGUCUCGGCACCUCUGCCAUCAUGUCCUUGCUUGUGGGGCAGAUUUGGGUUAGCAUCAAGUCGAUGCCAGAGUUUGAAUCAGGUGUAUGGACACAACAUCAAUAUGCAGUAACCAUGGCCCUCUUUGCUGGUAUCGUCGCUCUUGGAUUAUCGAUUUUACGUCUCGGCAUUCUAUUCGACUUUAUAUGUGAACCCGCCAUUGCAGGAUUCAUGGCAGGCAGCGGCUUGACCAUUGUCAUUAACCAAUUCUCCAAAAUCUUCGGCGUCCCCAAUAUCAAUACCAGCGAAGCACCCUAUCUCGUCUUUGGUAAAACAUUGAUUCAUCUCAACGAGAGCGGUGUGGAUGCAGCAUUUGGUAUCCUUUCACUCGUGUGGCUCUACGGCAUCCGAUAUCUAUCACAAUACUUGUCACAUCGAUAUCCACAAUACGCUCGGGUGAUCUUUUAUUUCAAUAUUUCACGCAGUGUCAUCCUCAUUGUAUUCACAACCUUUUUAUCGUGGCUCAUUAUUCAUUUCGGAUAUGGCGACGCUGAUGAUACCCCCUUUGCCAUUCUUGGAGCUGUACCCUCCGGCUUUCAAAUGAUGGGCGUUCCCAAAGUCGAUCGUUCUUUGCUAGCUACCAUUGCAACCAACAUUCCUAGCGUCGUCACUUUGUUGAUCAUGGAACAUUGUGCUAUUGCCACUAUUCUAGGCAAGGCAUCCGACUAUCGGAUCAAUGUGAACCAAGAGAUCAUGGCUAAUGGAUUGGCCAAUAUUUUCGGCUCCUUCUUUUCUUCAUACCCUGUUACUGGCAGCUUUUCCCGUUCGGCCGUCUCCUCCAAAUCAGGUGCCAAAACGCCCAUGUUGAAUGUGGUCGUCGCUAUUAUUGUGGUGCUAGCAUUAUACGUGUUCACGCCGGCAUUCCAGUACAUCAUCACAGCAAGUUUGGCAGCUGUCAUCAUUCAUGCGGUCACUGAUUUGAUUGUGGGACCUUCGGUUUGGUACAAGUAUUGGCGUUUACAUCCAUCCGAGCUUAUCAUUUUUGCCGCUGCGUACAUCAUUUCUUUGUUUACACGUCUCGAUAUCAGUGUCUACGUGCCUGUGGCGUUAUCAUUGAUCGUUCAACUAUAUCGAUCAGCACGACCCAGCUAUGCUAUCAUGGGCAAAUUGAUACCACCAUCAUCAUCAACAACAACAACCCAAGAGCCAUUCUUUUGCUCAUUUUCUCAUCCCACCAUGGGCCAACAUGUACAACCUAUUGGUCAAGGAGUGGUCUGCUUCCAACCUCAUGACAACCUUGUAUUCGAGAAUGCAAAAUACGUAUUCGGCAAAUUACUCGAAAUUGUCGAAAACCAAAGCGAGGUAUUGAAGGCAGUGAUCCUUGAUUUGUCAAGCGUACAUCAAAUGGAUUAUACGGCUAUGGAGGAACUCAAAUCAGUGGCCAUUGCUGCAUUACGCCAUAGCAACAGCCAACAUGUGCGAUGGUAUUUUGUUGUCAAUGAUUCGUUGGCCGUUCGCAAGUGCCUCUUGGUGGCAGGAUUUGGUACACAGCGACCUAAACGGGGUGGUCUAUUUCAUUCGGAUUGGAGUGAUCGAUCUGGCAGUAAACUCGUAUUGCAACACCAUGUGGAUGAAAAAGAGCAACCUCCUACGGCUUCCAACAACAACAACAACAAUCAACGUCGCGAGUCAAAGCAACAUGGUGAAAUCAUUAUGAUGGAACGUUAUGGUGCAGCAGCAGCAGAAGCACCCUCCCUGGACGAUAGCGUUGGCAUGGAUACCGCAUCGACCGGUCAUUUCCAAGGAAGAUACGUGUCUCCAGAGGAUCACGUGGAUUGGGAUACCAUUCAAUGCAUCCGUGAUGUGUAUCCUUACUUUUUUCCUUCUCUGCAAGUGGCUGCCAUGGCUGCUGUUGAAGCCCCUCUACCUGACGAUAUCCUAGAUGUACCCUCACCAUCACCAUCAUCAUCCACAAAUGCAGCCGCGACAACACCAUCCGAUAAUGACGUGACCAAAGCGGUGUAG